AAUGGUUUGGUGGUUGCUUAUAAUGAAUGCAGUGUAGUAUAUAAUAUUUUUGGAGUUAUUUCUGCCCUGUUACGGAAGAAGAAGUGAUCUCCUUCCCUUCAUCUCUCUUUCCUUUUCCUCUGCUGAUGAUGAUGCCGCUGUUGCUUUUUUGAUUUUUUAUAGUUGAAAGCCAGAGAAGAAAAUAAUAUGGGGGCCUGUGUGUCAGCUCCAGAGGGGUGUGCUCGUUGCAGAUUGAGUUCUUCAGAAAAGAUAAAGUUACGCAGGAAAGGCAAGGAACAUACUACUGUCAAGAGAAGAUCAGUGCCGCCAUGUAGAGAUGACAGUUCUGAUGGCCAUGCUCCUCCGCUUCGUCUCCCUUCCUCCACCAACCCCACUUUUGAAGCGGGAAAUAUCGAGGAGCCAUGGUUUGAUUCAGCUUCAAAAUUUGAGUCUGAUUGCGAUGAAGAUUUUGAAAGUUUUCCAGAUGAUGUCUUAUCUCUAAAUGGCUUUGAAGGUGCAUCACUGUCAAGUAUUGCAUCUGGCAGAGUUGCCAAUCAUGGCGACUAUAAUAAUGUCAAUAUGCAAGAUUCCUCCUUCAUUGAUCAGAUGCAGCAGGCGGGGGAUUUACUUGGAAAUUCCACACAUGGCCCUGUUAGUAACUUCACUAAACAAUCAAAUAUUCAGGUCCUCCAUUCAGAUUAUGUCGAUUCCCUAUCCAAAUCUGAUGGACUUUCAAAUGAAGUAAAGCAACCGGUGUUCCUUGAUGAAAUCACCUCUGUGGAUGAAAAUGCUGGUAAGGAGGAAGGAUUAUUAGACAUCUGUGGAACUAUUCCAGGCAACUGCUUACCUUGUCUCGCCUCAGCUGUUCCAUCGAUUGAAAAGAGAAGAUCGCUAAGCUCUAGUUCACCAAGUGCAAAGAAAAAGGGUGCCUUAAAACCCCCAUUCAAGUGGAAGGAAGGGAAUUCUAGCAACACUUUAUUUUCUUCAAAGACGAUUCUGCACAGACCACAAGCAGGGUCCCAAGUACCCUUUUGCCCAGUGGAGAAAAAAAUGCUUGAUUGUUGGUCGCAAAUCGGGCCAUGUAGUUUUAAAAUUCGAGGAAAGAAUUAUUUCAGGGACAAGAAGAAGGAAUUUGCUCCUAACUGUGCUGCAUACUAUCCAUUUGGUGUUGAUGUGUUCCUGUCUCCGCGAAAAAUUGAUCAUAUAGCUCGGUUUGUGAACCUCCCUGCUAUUAACUCUGCCGGGAAGGUCCCACCUAUCCUCGUUGUAAAUGUUCAGAUUCCACUGUAUCCUGCCGCAAUUUUUCAGAGUGAAACAGAUGGAGAAGGAGCAAAUUUUGUUUUGUACUUUAAGCUUUCUGAUAGUUACUCUAAGGAACUUCCAACCCACUUUCAAGAAAGCAUCAGACGAUUAAUUGAUGAUGAAGUUGAAAGGGUCAAGGGUUUUCGUGUAGAUACAACUAUACCUUUCCGAGAAAGAUUGAAGAUAUUGGGCCGUGUUGCAAACGUAGAAGAUCUUCAUUUAAGUGCUGCAGAAAGGAAGCUUAUGCAGGCUUACAAUGAGAAACCUGUUCUUUCACGUCCGCAACAUGAGUUCUACUUGGGACAUGAUUACUUCGAGAUUGACAUCGACAUGCACAGGUUCAGUUAUAUCUCUAGGAAAGGUUUUGAAGCAUUCCUAGACAGGCUUAAAAUUUGUGUGUUGGAUGUUGGACUCACAAUUCAGGGGAACAAAGUCGAAGAGUUGCCGGAGCAGAUUUUGUGUUGUAUUAGAUUAAACGGAAUUGAUUACAUGAAUUACCACCAGUUGUUUAGUGAAGAGCCUAUUGAUUCUUCAAGUGGCUGAACAAUGUGAGGCUUCUGAUCUGAUAAAGGGUAAUCUUGCAAUAUAACUGUUUCAUUGUCUA